AUGACAACUGCAGAUCCGGCUGAACAGGGCUUUGGCAAUUCUCACAUUGUUGAACCCCGAGCUGGGCACCCGCACACCCACACCGCCAUCCUCCUCCAUGGCCGGGGCAGUACCGGCGAGGAAUUUUCUGAGGAACUCUUUGAGAUGUUCUUGUCUCAGGUCGAAGGAGUCGACAAUCCAGGCGAUCCACGGACAACCUUGGCGGACAAACUGCCCACAUGGCGCUGGGUAUUUCCCUCAUCGGCCUGCACCUGGAACACCACCUUUGAGGAGUGGGUGCCUGCCUGGUUCGAGGCGUAUUCGUUGGCCGAUCCCACCUCGCGGCAGGACCUACAGCCGCCGGGACUGAGAGCUUCCGCCGGCCCUGUCGACAAUGCUGACGGUGCCGCUUCGCGCCUUGUCCUCGGUGGCAUCAGCCUGGGCGGCGCCACGGCCCUGUGGACGUUACUUGGCACAAACAGGCCAGAGCGUCCGUUAGGCGGCUUUGUCGUUGUGAGCAGUUGGCUGCCAUUUGCAAAUGACGUUGAGAAGCACCUUGGCAGGCUCGGCGAUGGAGGUGGCAGCGACGUUCAUCAUUUUGUGCUGGAGAUGACGGAACCCCUUCGCCUUCACAUACGACAUCAACAACAACAGCAACAACAACAACAUCAGCAAUACGACAAAAAACCACCAUCAGUCCUAGACACACUCAUCUUUGGGGCCCACGGACGCGACGAUGCCUUUGUGGACAUUGAACUUGGCCGGCACGCCCAGCAGGUUUUGACUGGCGUAGGACUCACCGUCCAGUGGCACGAGUAUGAAGGGGCCGAGCAGGAGGGCCAUUGGAUCAAGGAGCCUGAAGAGAUGGACGAUCUCAAGGCGUUUUUCGAUGCCGUAGAGCGUCGCACGCUGUGA